AGAUUCGAACUCUCGCGGGGAAACCCCAUGUACUUAGCAGGCACACGCCUUAACCACUCGGCCAAAGCGACGAUUCCUUGCUUCUCAUUCCCAAAAUAGGCGUAUUCAACGGUCACAAUUAGUUAUUACUUCUCCACACCUCGGAUGAAAUGGUGGUGGUGGAAUCGGAGACGAGCUCACUCUCCGUCAACCUCGCCUGUCUGUUUGAGAUCGCCAAUUCCCUCUCCGCAAGCAAGGUGGACAGAAAGAUAAGAACAAGAAGAAGCCCGACAUUUCAGGUUAUUAGCCGAAUGGCGAUGCCGCAGGCGGUUUUGGGGAGCUUAACCGCCACUGAACGCGGAAUUCUCACCGCCAUUAAUACCGGCGCCUCCAGCCUCUCGCUCGUUGGCUCCGGCUUCAUUGUCCUUUGCUACUUGCUCUUUAAAGAGCUACGCAAGUUUUCCUUCAAGCUUGUCUUCUUCCUCGCCCUCUCUGACAUGCUCUGCAGUUUCUUCAGCAUUAUUGGUGAUCCUUCUAAAGGAUACUUCUGUUAUGCUCAGGGCUACACAACACAUUUUUUCUGUGUAGCCUCGUUUCUGUGGACAACAACAAUUGCUUUUACCCUACACCGAACAGUUGUUAGACAUAAAACUGAUGUGGAGGAUUUAGAGCCAAUGUUUCAUUUGUAUGUAUGGGGAACAUCAGUUGUUAUGACAAUAAGUCGCUCUAUUGGCAAUAAUCACAGCCAUAUAAGCCGAAUAGGUGCUUGGUGUUGGGCGCAAGCCGGACGUACAGGAAAGGUGGCUCACUUUAUUACUUUUUAUGCACCUCUGUGGGGUGCAAUUCUUUUCAAUGGCAUCACCUAUUUUCAAGUGAUACGCAUGUUAAACAAUGCGACUCGUAUGGCAGUUGGAAUGUCAGAGCGGGUAUUUCAAUCAGAUACCCGACCGGAUAUGAAGGCAAUAAACCGAUGGGGUUACUAUCCCCUUAUUCUAAUUGGGUCCUGGUUUUUUGGCACAAUUAACCGCAUACACGACUUCAUUGAACCUGGCCACAAAAUAUUCUGGCUUUCUGUUCUUGAUGUUGGCAUGGCUGCGCUUAUGGGGCUGUUCAACUCAAUAGCAUAUGGUCUAAACACUUCAGUUCGGAGGGCCAUUUACGAAAGAUUAGACCUGUUACCAGAAAGUUUAAGAAAAUGGCCUCCAAAGAGUAGGUCCAGAGGCCAACAAUCUGAAGCCGAACUAGUGUCAUUGAAAAUGGAGGAGCAACCAUAGACAGAUGUCUGUCCUUUCGAAGAAGUAAUGUGGUUUCGCUUGCUACACUUUGUGUGAGAAAUCAGUCCAUGACUUGGAACAAACACAUUUGCAAACCUCCUGUUCCUGCUGUAAACAGGGAGGGAGAAUCACAGGUUGGUGAAAAAGUUUUCUGGCCCCUGAAGCCAUCCCCUGUUGUAGGAUGAUCCUGCGGUAUUGACCAGCGUGCAUAAUUUUGAAAAUUCGUUUUGUGUUGUGUGGUGUGGUCCGGGUGUAAAAAUAGAUAGGUGAGAUGUUGAUGAUGAUUGUGGUAGCCAACCGUAACAUGGGGGUUAGUUUGGAGAAUGUGAUUGUUCUUUGGCUUGUAGUAUUUGCAUUUGAGCGUGCAAAUAUUAGUUGAGUUGUCUCAGACCAGUAUGAUCUAGUAGUAUUCAUUUAUUCCAUUUGGGGGACAACGGUUGCGGAUGCUAA